AUGGCUACUUCACGCAAAAGCACCGUCUUGACAAGACAUGAGAUAGGGAAACAGAUCGCGGAUGGAAGGCAUAUCGUCAUCUUCGAGGGCAGGGUGCUGAAGCUGGAUGCAUGGUUGCCAUUCCACCCUGGUGGUGACAAAGCUAUCCAGCAUAUGGUUGGCAGGGAUGCUACCGAUGAGAUGAAUGCGCUUCACUCUGCGGCUGCAAAAGAACGGAUGAAGUCCUUUCAGAUUGGAACAAUCGAGGGUGCCUGGGUCAACUUCCUACCGCCAAUCCAGGGGGGGGAUUUCUCCAUGUACAACUCACAGGAUUUAUCUGCCGCCAUUGAAUCUGAUGAUAACUCAUCAGGUAACGGGCAGUCAAUCCCCCCUUCGCCUCUUUUCGAGCCUGCCGAUAAAAAAGAUUCAGGCCUGAGACGGCGAGGUUCCGUAUCUACAUCCAUAUCCUCUGUUGGAACUGCUUCCCCAGAAAAGAAAGACUCUGGAACAAGACCUUUCUUCCUUGAUGCCCGAACGCAGGAAGAGAUUGCCUUUGACACGGCAAAAUACCCGCCAGUUACUGCUGCAGAGCAAGAGCGUAUCGUGCAGAAGUACCGUCAGCUAUACAAGCGCCUCCUAGAUGAAGGCCUGUUUAACUGCAAUUAUUCAGCGUACCUUGUUGAAACAUCUCGCUAUCUACUGCUCUUUGGAUUGUUCCUGUACUUCUUGCAUUGCGGCUGGUACGGUACCUCUGGUUUCUUCCUUGGAUGCACAUGGCACCAGCUAGUUUUCACCGUCCAUGAUGCUGGCCAUCUUGGGAUCACACACGACUUCCACACUGAUACCGUGAUUGGAAUUCUUAUCGCAGAUUUUAUUGGUGGACUAAGUAUCGGCUGGUGGAAGAGAAACCACAACGUGCAUCACAUCGUCACCAAUUCUCCAGAACACGAUCCGGAUAUCGAGCAUAUGCCAUUCUUUGCUGUUUCACAUCGACUGUUCGAUAGUCUUCGGAGUACUUACUACGAACGUGUUAUGGAGUACGACUUUGCCGCAAAGUUUCUUAUUCGUUUCCAGCAUUUCCUAUAUUAUCCCCUUCUAUGUUUCGGCCGCUUUAACUUGUACCGCCUUAGCUGGGAGCACCUGAUUCGUGGCCAGGGCCCUCGUAAAGGUGCCGCCUGGUGGCACCGUUGGCUUGAGAUCGCAGGCCACGUUUUCUUCUGGGCUUGGUUCGGCUACGGGGUUUUAUACAGAUGCAUCCCCGACUGGCAAAGCCGGGUUCUUUUCGUCAUGGUCAGCCAUAUGAUCACUGCGCCGCUACAUGUUCAAAUCACUCUGUCGCAUUUUGCCAUGUCUACUUCUGACAUGGGCGUCCAUGAGUCAUUCCCACAGAAGAUGCUCAGGACCACUAUGGAUGUUGACUGCCCGCAAUGGCUUGACUUCUUCCACGGUGGCCUUCAGUUUCAAGCAGUACACCAUCUCUUCCCACGACUCCCUAGACACAACCUUCGCCGUGCGCAGAAAUUGGUCAUCGAGUUCUGCGAAGAAACCAAGAUUCCAUAUGCCAUCUUCUCAUUCGUCGACGGCAACAAAGAGGUCAUCGGGCAUUUGGGUGAUAUUGCUAAGCAAGCGCGAAUGUUAGCUGAGUGCCAGAAGUCAAUCGCUGAAAAGGGUGUAUUUCCGGAUCACCACCAUUGA